GUUGAUACGCUUGUGCUCUCCAAUAUGCGCUUCUCUCAAACAUGAUCCAAAAUAGGGAGCAGUGCAAGCCCCUAUAAUUGCAAUCGCUUAGAUACCACGUUCAGUGUGUUUUCAAAGGAACUGCGGAACGGUUGUGUCUCUGCGCGUAAAAACUUGUUCCAUUUUUUCGAAAUUUUUUUAGAAUUUUUGUUUUGGUUAAUGUGCCAUGAUUUAUGGUUAACUGAUGUUCGCAUUUAAUUACAAUCAAGUUAAAAGGACACAAAUCUGAAUUGAAAACAUAUUCAGACAAAAGUAUAUAUAUACAUAUAUAAAGUUCAUUCUCUAUUUGGACUGCUCGCCGGGCUUGCAAUUAAAUUUUUUAUGUCCCAAUUUUUAUUGCGUGCGAGUGUUGACAUUUAAGUGAUUUUUUAAUUGUUAUGAUACAGUUAAUGAAAAAAAUGUAAAUACCGAGUGCGUCUGAAUUGUGAAUUGUAUCUAGAAAAUAAGAGAAUACAACAUUAGCACGUAUUGUAUUUAAUCGGUAAUUGUAAUCGGUAAAUUGUAAAACAAUCAACCGGCAUUUCACUAAGUAAAGCCUGUGUUCGGUAUGGGAAAUGUUUUUGUUUUGUUUUGUUAUUUUUGUUAAUGGUUGUGCAUUGGCUCUAGUAACACUAAAUUAAAAUAAUAUUAAAUAAAAAAUUAAAUAAAAUGAAAUAAACACUUAAACGCGAACAACAUAUGAAGCAUAAGAAGCAUUAAAACAGAACAGAACGCAUUUAGUGUUUCGCAUCUUGUAUCUCGUAUCUUGUAUCUGGUAUCCAAAGCGUAGUAUUUUUGAAUUUUAAAUUGUUAAAAACGAAUCAUUAAUUGCCACCGUCGCCCAAGUUUGUGCGUUCAGCAAACAUACACUCAAACAUACACGCUCAGUGCACAUCUCAGUCUUUUAUAGGUAGGAAUAUCAAGAAGUAUAAUAGAAAAGAGAAGAGGAUGUCUUUGUUGCUUCGUUCUAAAGAAUUAAUAUGCAUUAUGUUUGGCUUGUGCAUAUGCCAAAUAAUAAAUAACGCUGAUAUUGUUGUUAGCGGUCAAGGUCGCCGCCAACAAAAUCGUGCUUCGCGCCCAUACAACACAUUCCAACAAAGAUCAGCUAUCGAUAUAAAGGAUAAAAUAAUUGAGUUACAGUGUCAUGCGAAAUGUGAGGAAGGUUACAUGCCACCAAGUCAGGUAUUAAGCCCGGAUAGCCAUCAAAUAUGCUAUAAGCAAUGUAAACAGGAGACUAUAAGGCAACAACGACGUGGCCAAUGUCCAAAUGUGCAAUUUAAGCACUAUAUUUCUGAAACAGACAAAUUAUCCUGUUUAAAUCACUGCAGUUAUGACUCUGAUUGUCCUGAGGUUCAGAAAUGUUGCGAAUCUUCUUGUGGCUAUUCGGUAUGUACAGAUGUACCAGAAGUACGCGAAGACAAUGUCCUACCACCUAUCCCUAAAAUAUUGGAUUGUAAACCGAAAGGUCAUAAGGUGCAAAUAACAAUACAAUCUUCAGCUAAUUCCACUUAUUAUUGUCAUGUCGAAGUUCGUUACCAUAUAGGUCAGUCGUUGGCAGACCGAAAAUUUGGCAAAUGGCAGUGGCAACUUGUUGAAAAACUUGCAGAAAUUUCUUAUACAAGGAGUAAGAGAAUUGACGUAGCUUUUGAUUUAAAACCCUCAUGGUGGUAUCAAGUUAGAGUUGCAGCCGUGAAUGCUUAUGGAUUUCGAGGAUAUUCUGAACCAUCCAAACCUUUCGCACUUACCAACAAGCCCAAACCACCUAAAGCCCCAGCAGAUGUAAAAGUAGUAGCUGCACGCCUAGAAAAGAAUUAUUAUACAGCUAGAGUCAUUUGGUGCCCAUCUAAGUCAAAUUUACCUGUUGAGAAAUACAAGGUUAUGUGGUCGUUAUAUAUUAAAUCAAAUACAUCGGGACAGUCCCAGUCCCUCAUUUCAAGUGAAGCCGAUGUUAAAGAUGCACUUCAUUAUGAAUUAACCAAUUUAUUACCGGAAUCCAGUUACUACAUACAAGUACAAGCGAUGUCUAUCAGCGGCAAACGCCGACUCAAAUCAGAGAAGUUUUCAUUUCUUUAUAAUACUACGAUCGCAGCACAUAACGGCCAUAAUUCGUUAAAAUGUGGUCAUAACCAACAGCCAUUUAGACAAAAAUACCUCAACAAUAGUAACGCAAAUGAGCUCCCAUAUAACAAUUCUAUGCAAAGGGCGAAGUUUAUGGACAAUGGUGUACAAUCGAGCUAUGAGGUACGAUAUCGCUUAAAUAGAAAACUAGGCAUGAUUGUACAAAUAUCAGGAUUUCAUUCACAUAAGGAAAAAAUUUAUGAACUUUGCUCCAAAGAUACGAAUUGUGAUCAACGUGAAUAUAACGCAAUACGUGCCAAAAAGAACUCGUUGGAAUUCAGCAAAUUAAAGUACAACACGACUUAUGUGCUUAAAAUAUUAAGUGUAGUUGAUGAUAUUGAUAAAAAGAAUUUCUCCUUCACGACGCCUAAAUGUGAAAAUUUUCGGAAGCGUUUUCCGAAAGUCCAAUUAAAAUGUUAACACCUUAAUAAAUUAAUAAUAUAUGUAGAAACGUUAA